ACUGGAAAACAAACAAUCAAAAUUCCGUGUAGUGAAAGCCAAUUUAUUAGCAUAUUUGGAUCAUGGAUUCAACGUUAUUCACCUUGUAAAAAAAGAUAUACAUGUAUUUUUAAAGGUCAAAGUGCUGAUGCAACAAUAGCAACAAUAUUGCAAGAUACUGAAUGGAAUUUUCAAAAAGCACCUGAAAUGAAGAUAGAAUGGUAUACUGAAACAAUAAUUGAUGCUCAUCAAAAUACAAUUUUUACGGGAUUUAUUAUUAUUAAAUUUCAAAUUAAUACUAUUAGUUAUCAAGUUCAAAG